UUUGAGGCAUUCGCCCAACAAAGACGCGUUUGCUGUUUCUAUUGCAGUUAAUCACUUAACGAAAAGGUUUUUAACAACGCGGUGAUAAACAAAAAGGAAAAGUUUUAGUAAAAUUUGUUAAACUGUAUUAGUUAAGUGUGCAGUUGGUAUAGAAAAAUUAGAAUUGAAAUGCAAUCACACAGCAAAAAACGAGUUUGUUAUUACUACGACAGCGAUAUUGGUAACUAUUACUAUGGGCAGGGCCAUCCAAUGAAACCUCAUCGCAUACGUAUGACCCACAAUCUGCUUCUAAACUAUGGUCUCUACCGCAAAAUGGAAAUUUAUCGACCCCAUAAAGCAACAGCCGAUGAAAUGACAAAAUUUCAUUCAGAUGAAUAUGUACGGUUUUUGCGCUCUAUACGCCCUGACAAUAUGUCGGAAUAUAACAAACAAAUGCAGCGAUUUAAUGUAGGCGAGGAUUGUCCUGUGUUUGACGGACUCUAUGAGUUCUGUCAAUUAUCUGCAGGCGGUUCAGUUGCUGCUGCAGUGAAGCUAAAUAAGCAAGCGUCAGAGAUUUGUAUCAAUUGGGGCGGCGGUCUUCAUCACGCCAAGAAAUCGGAAGCUUCCGGCUUCUGCUAUGUCAAUGAUAUUGUGCUAGGUAUUUUGGAACUUUUAAAAUAUCAUCAGCGCGUAUUAUAUAUAGAUAUAGAUGUACAUCAUGGCGAUGGUGUUGAGGAGGCCUUUUACACCACUGAUCGAGUGAUGACGGUGAGCUUCCAUAAGUAUGGUGAGUAUUUUCCUGGUACCGGUGACUUGAGGGAUAUUGGUGCGGGUAAAGGCAAAUAUUAUGCAGUAAAUAUUCCUCUGCGUGACGGCAUGGAUGAUGAAGCGUACGAGUCGAUAUUUGUACCUAUCAUUUCCAAGGUAAUGGAAACCUUUCAACCAGCAGCUGUUGUUCUACAGUGUGGCGCAGAUUCCCUAACAGGUGACCGCCUAGGUUGUUUCAAUUUGACUGUUAAGGGCCACGGAAAGUGUGUGGAAUUUGUCAAAAAAUAUAAUUUGCCCUUCCUAAUGGUUGGAGGUGGAGGUUAUACUAUUCGUAAUGUGUCCAGAUGUUGGACGUACGAAACGUCAGUUGCACUCGGUGUUGAAAUAGCUAACGAACUGCCGUACAAUGAUUACUUUGAAUAUUUUGGACCUGAUUUCAAAUUGCAUAUCAGUCCGAGUAAUAUGACCAAUCAAAAUACUUCCGAGUAUUUGGAAAAAAUCAAAAAUAGGCUAUUCGAAAAUCUGCGUAUGCUGCCACAUGCACCUGGUGUCCAAAUCCAGACCAUACCGGAGGAUGCUAUUAACGAUGAAUCUGAAGACGAAGACAAAGUGAAUAAGGAUGAACGAAUAACACAGAGCGACAAAGAUAAGCGCAUCGACCCUGACAAUGAAUUCUCAGAUUCAGAAGACGAAGGUGAAGGAGGUCGUCGUGAUAAUCGUUCAUACAAAGGUCAACGCAAACGGCCACGCCUAGAAAAGGAUGGUAAAGCAACAACGGAAAAUUCCGAUAAUAAGGAUGAUAAGGAUAAAAUGGAUACGAAUGAAAGCGAGGAUACUCCUAAAGCUGAAGACUCGAAGAAGGAAAACAACAUUUGACGUGGCGGUCGCAAUUGGUUAUAGAAACCAAUACAGCGGUCAACGAAAUUUAAACCUAAAAUCUUUUAACAUCUUUAGCAACUUCUUCCAUUCAUCCUUACAUUAUAUGGCGGUAGUGAUGUGUUCGGUAUGGAAGAAAUUCGUUGCUCAGGGAUUGUGGAAUUGAAAGAGUUACGCUGCCGUCAAAACUUUAACAUUAGUCACGCCGUAAUUUUAGUAAUUAAGUUAAGUUUAUGCACUAAUAGAACAUGUUACAUGCCGAUGUACUUUUACAAAUGAUAUCUACGCUUGCGUUCAAUCACGAGGAAUGAUUUUUAUUUGAAUGUUUAUCACUUGACUAAUUAUUUUUACGAGAUGCUUCGAAAUUGAUAUCAAUAAUUACGCUUUUACCUAACGUAAAUGUAUGUAUUUAUAUGCCAUUGCUGUAUGUGCACUUGGUAAUAACACACAAAAACCUUCAUCUGUCACAUUAAAUUAAAAUAAGAAUGUAAAAUACAUAUUUUUUAUUAAAGUGUAAGAAUAGGACGUGAAAAGAAAAACUAAGUCUGCAUGUAACUUGCAUUUUCUAAAGUCUAAAUGAAAAUCGAGAAAAUAAACAGUGUUUUAUAAGUGGAUACAUACUAUA